AUACCCUCAACUCUACAGUUUACGGUCACAACUACGGCGCAGUCAUGUCCUUGGCGUCGAAGAAAGCCAGGACUCGCAUGUCAGCCUUUUAGUUUCCCACUAUUUACCGUGAUCCCCUCCUUCCCACCUCGUAAUUAACUAGCAAUGCAAGGUCCAUUUCGUCAUCUAGAAACCACACGAAAACUAAAACGCCUUCGCCAUUCUGUUGCUUCAUUUUGUUUUUUGCAAUGAGAAACCAGAAAGUUGCGGUCUUUGCUUAAUGUGCAUGAAGAAGCUGGCUGUUUAGAGACAAAUGGAGGGACUGGAAAGAGCAGAGAGGAGUGUACCAGGUGACCUGAGCCCUGGCAUGGCCGCGUCGCUUUUGGUGGGGAAAGUGGCCGAUAUAUUAGCGUUAAAAAUGACUUCUGAUCAGCCUACCGACCCCACUCAAUUGUCCGAUCUCUGCAUUUAUUUGGCAAGAGUCAUCGAUUAUGCAGUUGCAUACAAUGAGGUACCACCAAGAGCUCAAGAACUGCCAUUUUUGCUCAGACAGGUUUAUAAGCAAUGUGAUGCUUUCUCCAUUCAAGCAGCAGUCAUGGUGCUUAUGAUUUCUGUCAAGAAUGCUUGCAAGAUGGGAUGGUUUCCAGAUAAAGAUAUUGUCAACCUUCUUACUCUGGCUAAGGAGGUCGGGAAAAUUUUCACUAAUGUUGAGGAUGUGAAUGUUGAACCCAACUAUGCUGUUUCCAUUAUUUCAAGAAUCAUGGAUAGAUUCUAUCCAAAAAUAAAAAUGGGCCAUGUGCUUGUGUCUCUUAAGAUCAAGCCUGGAUAUAGAACUAUUAUGACAGACUUUCACAUCUUAAAAAAGACUCUGGCUCCUGUGCAAGUGGAAAUUGGCCUGUUUGUUGCUCAAAUAGAUAACAUAAGCACAUCCUCUUGUAUUGAAACUCCACCUCAAGCAAACUUUCUGCUAAAUGGGGAGGGAGUACUGGGGAGGAUUAAUAUUUCCAUGGACACAGGACCACAGCUGCCAACAAAUAUUACUACAAUGCUCAAUCAUGGAAUGAAUUUUUUGCAAGCUGUUGGACAGUUUGAUAGUGACUAUAUCAUUGUUAUAGCCUACAUCCAUCAGAAGUCAUCUUCUGAUACUCCAGAGUUACAAAAUUAUGUUCAGCCAGUUGCUCCAUCUGAUUCCAGUUCUGAUGUUGUGGCCGAACCAUCACAGGUUUCUCUAAACUGCCCAAUAAGUAAAAGACGUAUCAGAACUCCUGUCAAGGGACAUUGCUGCAAACAUUAUCAGUGUUUUGACUAUGAGAGUUUCAUGAUACUAAACUCAACAAGGCCUUCAUGGUGUUGCCCUGUUUGUAACCAGUCUGUCUGUUGCAUAGACAUACGCAUGGAUCAAAACAUAGCCAAGAUCUUGAGGGAGGUUAGAGAGAAUGUUGUUGAUGUGAUAGUCUCAGCAGAUGGUUCUUGGAAGGUUGUUGGUAGUGAUGACAAUAUAGAUCAAGCAUAUGGCAGAACCCAAGGUUGUCAAGGAGAAAGGCCUGAAGUGCAUGGUUCUAGUGGGUUUUCAUCUGUCCCAGCCAAUGUCACCGAUCUUAAGAUGAAACAGGCUGAUGCUAGUCACAGUAUGGGCACCCUGGAAAGUGAAGGCAAGGAACGUUUCCAGGAUAAUCUUUUCCAUUUUCCUGUUUCUGAAAAUCUUGUAUCAUCAGAAGCAAACAACCCAGGUGGCGCACUUCAAAAUGCUCCUGUGCAAAUAGGGGAAAGUUCAAAAAUUCUAUCAUCAAUGCUUUCUACUCCUUGUAGUUCAGCAGUCCCUAGUCCAAGCAUGGUUGGCAGUACAACAGCUGGAAUAUCUGACUUUCCUCAUUUCACUCCUACACUUCCAUCUGCCCACACUAAUUUUGUUUCUCCUGUAUUGAAUCAAGAAUCUGUUUUUGUAAUUGAAGGAAAUCAGGUGCCCCCUUCUCUAUCACAUGACCGAGUUUUAGAUAACAAUAAUGUCCACUUGCAUCAGUUCAGGGCUGAUAGCUCGAUUGCAAAUAAUGAAUAUGGAAAAAAUGCAAAUAGAGUUUCAGUCACAACUAUGAACUUCCCAAACCAAGCCCAGUGUUCAAGGCCAUCUGAACAAAUGAGAAAUCUAAUUUCCUGGAUGCCAAAUAGAGCCUCUUUUGCCUCUUACCAGAACAUGCCUUUAGUGCCACUUGAUGUUGGGAUCACUUGCAAUGGGAGCACAGAAAGAGGUCAACAGUUUGGUAGAGUGCCUGUAAGUUCUUUGCCAGUCUCAGAUGUGGCUUCAUCUUUGACACUAAAUAAUUUAUUGACACAGAACUGGGAGGGUAGUGGAAGUUGCCGUGUUUCUGAUCAAGUAGUCCAGCAGGUUCUCAAUGGUCCCACAGAAGUUCCAUUUGCUUCGAGCAGCUCCCAAUCCCAUAGACUGCCUCCAUGCUACCAAUUCACACAGCAUUGCAGUUCUUCUAGCAUGGGGGCAAAUGCUACAUGCCCCUCUCAAAAUAUGUUCCAAGCUCCACAGUAUUCCUAUCUUUCUAGCACAAGGACUACUCAAGCCACAAUUCCAUCUCAAAACACGGUCCAUCCUUCAGUUGAGGCACAAAUCCAGUUUCAUCAAAGAGUUAGUGCCAAUCAAGUGGCAGGUACUGUAAAUAACAAUCGACCUCCCCAAAGGACACCUUCACAACCAAUGUCCCAGAUGACAAGAACACCGCCAUUUGUGGCAGUUCAACUCCAAGCAUCUGGAGCAAGAUACUCCUUGACUCAUAACACGGGUGCUCAGCAUAAUAGAACAACUGUUGAGCGGAGGAGUGCUGUUGGGACUGUACAGCCAGUCCCAGUGGCUGAAACCUCGGGGGCAUUUGCAUCAACAGAAAACUGGCGGCCCACAGGCAGGAUGAGGGGAAGCCUCAAAGGCCAGGCUUAUGCUGCUGCUCUUGAGCAAUUCAUGACUCGACCAACCCAACCUGCUCAGUCAUCUCAAAAUCCAUCCAAGCUCACAACAAUUCCUCCCACUGCACAGCAAAUGCGUGGACUUGCUACGAAAAGAAGCAAUGUUCGUAUAAAUUAAGGCACAAACUCAUCCAAUUCAGCCUGACAUUUCAAGCACUCAACCUUAAUGGACUCGGGAGAUAAAAUGGCUGAAUAACUUUUGUCAUCACGUGGGUUGGGGUUCCUUUGCAUGCAAAAUAAGUUGCAGCGUAUUUUGUUAAGCAUUGUCCAUACUAAAUUAUUAAGUUAGCACAGGAAUGGAGUGAUAGGUUUAAGCUGCAUUUAUUACUGGAUGUUAGCUUGAAGUUUCCUCAACGCACAAUGAUGGAAAUGGAUAGUGGAAAAUUUUAUUUGCUCUGCUUCUAAUACCUUAUACAUAGUUUUGCAAGU